AUGCUCAUGGUAAGUAAAAUGAACCUCUUUCAUCUCUAAUCCAAAUCAUCGCUUUACAUAACAUUACAGAGAGUCGACCCAUGAAAGAGAAUCCGGAUUACAGAAUCCGGAAAAUUUUUACUUGACUGAUUCCGGAAUCCAGCAAUAUUUGCUGUUGAAUCCGGAAUCCUUGGUUUUGGAAAUCCGGAACAUAUUCUAAGGAAUCCUGAAUCCUGCUGCCUGUAAUCCGGAAACCAAAUUCCACUGGCGCAGAAUCCGGUAAUCCAGAAUCCAAGACUAGGACUCUCUUUCAUGGAUUCCCUCACAGUCGAACUUCCGGUAAGCGACCGCUCAAGGUGCGAAGAUUAGGUGGUUGCCUGGGAGUAUCGAUCGCGAACUAUACGAGUCUCUUUCGAGAAGAGGUCCCAAGACGUCUCAUUUAAAGCCAAGAUUGUUUACUUCCAGUUUGUAUAUGUGAGGUUUCCUCGUUGUCACUUAUAAAAGUUGUGUAUACUCUUGGAAGCCGUAGUACUGAUUGUGAACAUAGAGAUUAGACCACGGGUCAGUUGGUCGCCUACAAUAGGUUAAAAAUUACAAAACUGUCUCAGCCAAAAGUGGUCCUAGAGGUGGUCGUUUUCUGCUUAGAAUAAAGUGGAGAUCGUCUGAAAGCUCUACAGAGCUUGCUUGAUCUCCUGCGUUGUAGUAGUGUAAUAGUUUAUGUGUGUACAAAUGAAUGUAUGGUAAAUAAUUACAGGGCUUUGACUGGGAAAAGUUUUGAUGUUUUUGGAUAGAUGGCCGCUUAUGGAAGGUGAUCGUUUAUGAGAGGUGGUCGCACAUGGGCGGGUUCAAAUCUAUUUUACAUCUUAUCCUUAAAAAUGUUUAUAAUUUGUCCUUCAAAGGUUUUGUUCUUUGUUUUAGUACGUUGCGGCGAUGAAAGAAUCGAGUCAAAAGCAUGCCGGCGAGUGUGCAAUAUCGCCAGAUAAACUAAAGACGAUACUGAAUAAGAUGAGACCAUCUGAGCCUUUGGAUGCAUCUUUACUUGGAGAUGAACUAAUUCCUGCUUUACCGAGUGAAAUCAAGCCUGAACAUGAGGAGGAGAUCAUUGAUCAAAGGCUAGUUUAUAGAUAAAUGCAUAACAUAAUGAACUAACCCAUUUUUUUUUUUUAAUAAAAGCGACAAUAGCACUGCCAUUCUCAUGAGGAGGAGAAGGACUGGCCAAAUUAUCCUGUCUGAAUGACUCAGAAACCCAAGAAAGGAGACUUUGGGAAGUCAAAAUCGAAAAAAAUUUCCCAUUGGGACGUGCCCCCGAACCCCCCAAAAGCUUCCGCCUUCGGCGCUCGUUUAGGAAAUCGGUCAGUAUUUAUCCUAGAUCCGCGCCUGCUUCGCGUUUUUGUUUUUGUUUCAUUAUAAGGAAGCUUAAGCAAAGACGUUUUUGAGUAAUGCAUGUCAACCGGAAGUGAAUACUUUACCCUUUUCAAAUGCCUUGAUGGUACCAAAUUUGUAUUCGUUAGUGUCUUUUCUCUCAAGGAAACGAUUUGCGGAAAAAAAAAAUGGUCAAAUACGCGCCCCAAGAUUGCAGAAAAGCCACAUCCGGUUGAAGUGUGUGGCUCAAAAAACAUCCUAUGUGCUUAAAAACUUUCUAUUAUAAUUAUUUAUUAUUAUUAUUAUUAUUAUUAUUAUUAUUAUUACUAUUAUUUCGGCUUCCAAUUGUCGUUGUUGUGGUUGCUCAAGUUCCCAAGUAGCGUUAACCAACGAUUUUGUUGAACAAACCAGCUAUUUGAUGGAAAACUUUUGACAAAAAACAACGUCCACUGGUAGAGGCCUACUGCAGUUAUACCCAAUGAAUGGUUCUUCGCCUACCUUUUCUUGUCAAACUGCCAUUCGAUUAUUAGAUCGAAAAUUCAGUUUUUAGGGUAUAGUAUUCUUGCUAAAGGGAAGAGCGUGUAACCACGCCUGUGUGACUUAUUAAGAAGUUGAAAAGAUACCUUAAGACGAUUGAUCCUUGUUUGCCUCUGUUGUAACCGCUAUUUCAAUAGGCCAUUUGUACGAUGGCGUCAUUUUACUACUACGACCAGAAUCCUCGUCGUUUUUCUUUUCAUAUCUAAAUUUGGCAAUCCCAGCGAGGUUUAAAUAACAAAAGCCCUAAUUUGCACUAGAAAGCAAUAUCUGAAGGAUUCUGGUCGUAGUAGUAAAAUGACGUCAUCGUGCAAAUGGCUAGAGAUGUUCACGAUCGAUAUGUGCGAAAGUUCAGCGGUAAACUAAGUUGUCUCUACACUUUACUAUUUUACAUCUAUCAUCUCAGGACGAAAGACCUUCGAACCAAGGUAGGCGGCACAUCCGGGGUAAUAUUCCAUCGGUACGAUGGUAUAUUUCUUCGAUUUAUAAUAGAAACCCCUGUUUUUAAUUCAGAGAACUCCACAAAAUGGCGAAAAAGGUCACAGCCAUCAAAUCCAAUGACAAAAUAACCGUCUGAGAACUGGAAAAUAUUUUGAAAGUAUUUCUGGCAUUUAGAAGAAAUGUAUAAUACUUGAUUUAUGUUUGUUUAUGUUCGAAAAAUAUACAUCCGGAAGAGCUGAAGCUCGCAUAAAAUUAUUGUAUGUUUGUGAGAGUAUAACAUACAGGCUAGUUGACGUUUCCAGCUGAAUGCUUUUCCAUUUUUCCUCGACGAUCACAUCGACGUUUUGAAUUUUUGCUCCUAGGCUCCUUUAUCAAGAGACCUUCUAAAAGCACUCAAAAUAGAGGUCCUCACAGACCAAGAAGGAAGGCCUCUUAGGCAUACAAGAAACAUGUGCCACAUUCAGCCUCAUUCCCGCGGGACCGGAAAUCAGAGGUCAUCUACCGACGUCCCAGGAUCCCGUAUGGAACACGACAAUAACUUGUCACCACACAUGAACACUCAUGCAAGUUUUGUCAGCGAUUCACCUUCGUCGCUGUUUCGUACAGGAAUAACA